AUGACCCUGUCACGUAUAAAGGAGUAUAUUUCCCACCCCUACGAGCAUCCAGGAGAGAGGAAGUUAGUUCAGAAACUAGAUAGGUCGAAUCUGGCAAAUGCGUAUGUUAGUGGAAUGAAGGAAGAGCUGAGGUUUGUGGGAAAUCAAUAUAAUCUUAUCAAUACCAUAUUUACUGUUGGAUAUAUUAUCGGACAAAUUCCCAGUAAUCUGGCACUCUACUACAUCAAACCUCGCAUCUUCUUCCCUUCAAUGAUGGUUUUGUGGGGUGGUCUCACCAUGACCACUGCAGCAGCUCAUCAUCCUCGAGAUAUAAUGGUCAUUCGUUUCUUCCAAGGUCUCGCAGAAAGCACCACAUUUGUUGGAACCCAUUACAUUCUCGGAUCAUGGUACACUCCUCGCGAGCUCGGCAAGCGUAGUGGCAUCUUCACUGCCUCCGGAUUGGCCGGCACUAUGUUUGGAGGCUUCAUUCAAACUGGCAUUCAUUCGUCUUUGAAUGGUGCAAAGGGGAUGAGUGGCUGGCGCUGGCUUUUCAUAAUUGAUGGACUUAUUACUCUUCCCAUCGCUCUCUACGGUUUUAUUCUUUUCCCAGACACUCCUACCACGACCUCUGCUUUUUAUCUCACACCAACCGAGCGCGAUCUUGCUAUAUCUCGCGUUCCUGAAGUAUCCGAGAAUCAUCUCUGGAAUCUCUCAUUCCUCAAAACCAUCCUCACAUCAUGGUACUGGUAUGGUUUCGUAAUUCUAUGGAUCAUUGCUGGAGAAACCGAAUCCUUUUCUUCAAAUUUUCUGCUUUCCUUAUACAUGAAAUCCACAAACCACUAUACCAUUUCCCAACUCAACAAUUAUCCUACAGGUGUUCCAGCCGUCGGUAUCAUAUCUACCCUCUUCUGGGCAACCCUCACCGAUUUUCUCAACGGCAAACGCUACCUCGUAGCCUACUUCAUUGCCAUCACCGGUAUCGCCACUUCCGCCAUGAUCCUCACAACUUCCAACGUAUCAACAAUAUUCGCAGCAUACUAUUGGGCCGGCAGUGUCUAUGCCUGUCAAGCGACCUUUUUUGCAUGGGCGAACGAAGCCAUGAGAUUCGAAAACGAUGCGUUGAGGGCAAUAGUAAUAGCGAGUAUGAAUUGUGGUAGCGGUGCUGUGAACGCAUGGUGGAGUCUCCUAUUUUACAGUGCAACCGAAGCACCGAAGUUUACAAAGGGUAUGUGGGCUAUGGUUGGGACGUGUAUUGCUUUGGUAGUUUGGACUACAAUUCUGUGGUGGAGACUGAAGCGAGGAGAGAGGAAAAGAGAGGUUGGUGCUAUGAUGGGAAGAACUCGGGAUGGAAGUGGUGAUCUUGAGGUGAUUGCUAGUGGUAGUGGUGAAGAGCAUCCGGAUCAUAAAACGGAUUGA